UGAGUCCGCCACCCUGGCUAUGUGCAGCCCAGAGGAGGCGGCCCUGCUGCGGCUGGAGGGGUUUUUCUCAGACACCCUCACCCGCAUCAACAGCCUUGUCCUCCAGCCCCUUCUUGAGGCCGCUCCAGAGGCCUCAGACCCCUGGGGCCGGGAGUGCCUGCAGCUCCUGCAGCGGCUGCACAGGAGCUCCCGACAGCUGUGGGACGUGACGGAGGAGAGCCUGCGCUCGCUGCGGGAGAGGCUGCGCCGCCCCGAAGCCGUCGGCCUGGAGUCCCUGCUGCUGCUGCAUAGCGCGGACCGUGUCCUGCAGGUCCACCUGGAGUACCUUGAGUCCUACGCAUGCUGCGUGGCAGUGCAAGCCUUUCAGAAGGCAGCAAAGAGGAGGAGUGAGUACUGGCGGGGCCAGCGGAAGGCACUGCGGCAAGUCCUGUCAGGUGUGAGCUCCGAGGGCUCGGUGGGCACGGCCCUGCUCCAGGCCCUCCGCCAGCCACUCGCCCAUCACGUGCAGCAGUACGUGCUCCUCCUGCUGAGCCUCGGGGACACCAUCGGGGAGCGUCACCCCACCCGGGAGCUGGUGAUACACGCCGCCGGCCUCUUUGGGGACUUGCAGUCCUUCAUGAGGCAGGAGCUGGACCAGGCCACAGCCACGCAGGCCCUCUGGUCCACCCUGAGUAGCCGGCUGAGGGAUGUGCUCUGCACCCCUGCUCGCCGACUCUUGCAAGACAGCCAGGACAUCCCCGUGACAGUCACCCCACUGCGGGCAGAGCGCGUGCUGCUUUUUGAUGAUGCCCUCGUCCUGCUGCAGGGCCACAACAUCCACACCUUUGAUCUGAAGCUGGUGUGGGUAGAUCCUGGGCAGGACAGGUGCACGUUUUACCUCCUCACACCUGAGGAAGAGUUCUCCUUUUGUUCCAAGGACCCGCAGGGCCUGGUGGUCUGGCAAUGGAAGGUUACCCAGGCUGUGUGCCAGGCCUUGCGUGGGAAGAAGGACUUCCCGGUGCUGGGAGCGGGCCUGGAGCCUUCUGAACCUCCCACCUGCCGCUGUGGAGCAUACACCUUCCGUGCAGAGGGCCGCUUCUGCCAGGCCACUUAUGAGGGCGAGUGGUACUGGGGCAGGCCCCAUGGCAAGGGAACCCUGAAGUGGCCAGAUGGGCGGAAUCACGUGGGAGAUUUCUGCCAGGGCCUGGAGCAUGGCUUUGGCAUCCGCCUGGUGCCCCAGGCCUCCGAGGAUAAGUUUGACUGUUACAAGUGCCACUGGCGGGAAGGCAGCAUGUGCGGCUAUGGCAUCUGUGAGUACAGCAGCAGCGAGGUGUACAAGGGCUACUUCCAGGAGGGCCUGCGCCAUGGAUUCGGGGUCCUUGAGAGCGCCCCACAGGCCCCUCGGCCCCUCCGGUACACAGGCCACUGGGAGAGGGGCCAGCGGAGUGGCUACGGUGUUGAGGAGGACAGUGACAGGGGCGAGCGCUAUAUUGGCAUGUGGCAGGCUGACCAGCGCCAUGGCCCAGGGGUCAUGGUCACCCAGGCGGGUGUCUGCUACCAGGGCACCUUCCAGGCAGACAAGAUGGUGGGCCCAGGGAUCCUUCUCUCUGAUGAUGACUCCUUAUACGAGGGCACUUUUACCAGGGACCUGACCCUCUUGGGGAAGGGCAAGGUCACCUUCCCCAAUGGCUUCACCCUGGAGGGCACUUUUGGCAGCAUGUCAGGGAGGGGACUGCAUACCCAGGGUGUGCUGGACACAGCUGCCCUCCCUCCAGAUCCAAGCAGUACCUGCAAGAGGCAGCUGGGUCAGGGCGUCUUCCCCGUGGAGAGCCGCUGGCAGGGUGUCUAUGGCCCCUUCCGGGACUUUGUUCGUGCCGGCUGCCCCGGGGACCUGCGGGAGGCCCUGCUGGGCUUCCACGUGCAGAGCUCAAGGGAGCUGCGCAGGUCGCAGGAGUACCUGUGCUGUGAGAGGACCCACCCCGAGGACCAGGCGGGCAGGAUGGAGGACCUCCUGGAGGAGCUGCUGCAGCACCGGGAGCCCGAGGCCCUGCAGCAGUGCCUCAGGAAGGCUCUGAGCAACUCUCUGCAUCCCCUGGGGAAGCUGCUCCAGACGCUGAUGCUGACCUUCCAGGCCACAUACGCAGGUAUGGGGGCCAACAAGCACCUUCAGGGGCUGGCACAGGAGGAGGUGAAGCAGCACGCCCAGGAGCUCUGGGCCGCCUACAGGGGCCUGCUGCAGGUUGCCUUACAGCACAAGGGCGAGGCCCCAGAGGAAGAUGAAGAUGCAGAGACAAGGGACCUGCGGGUGCACAGCUUGGUGCUCCCCCUCGUGCUGCCCAGCUUCUACUCGGAGCUCUUCACUCUCUACCUGCUUCUUCACGAGAGGGAGGACAGUCUCUACAGCCAGGGCAUCACCAACCUGAGCCUCUUCCCCGACACCAAGCUGCUUGAGUUCCUGGACGUGCAGAAGCACCUGUGGCCCCUCAAGGACCUCACACUGACGACCAAUCAGAGACACUCCCUGGUCAGAGACAAGUGCUUCCUGUCAGCCACAGAGUGUCUGCAGAAGAUGAUCACCACGGUGGACCCCCGGGAGAAGCUGGAGGUGCUGGAGAGGACAUAUGGGGAAAUCGAGGCCACCGUGUCGCGGGUGCUGGGCCGGGAGCACAAGCUGCCCAUGGAUGACCUGCUGCCGCUGCUCAUCUACGUGGUGUCUCGUGCCCAAAUCCAGCACCUGGGAGCCGAGAUCCACCUGAUCCGUGACAUGAUGGACCCUCUCCACACAGGAGGCCUGUAUGACUUCCUGCUCACGGCCCUGGAGUCUUGCUACGAGCACAUCCAGAAGGAGGACAUGAGGCUGCAUCGCCUGCCCAGCCGCUGGAGUUCCAGGGAGCCAUGGUAGCUUGGCUUCUCCUGGACACACCUCAGAGCUGAGAGGGCCACUGCGGAAUGCCUGUGGCCUGGGCCUGGCUGAGCCUGGCCCCGGGGGCAGAAGGCAGAUGGGCCCUGGAGGUGACUCUGACUCUUUGAGGAGAUGAGGUCCAGUUUCUCCAGGGAGAUGCUGCUGGAGUCCUGACUGGGGUGAAGGUGACAGGUGUGGCCCCGGAGCUGGUGGUCUGCCCCCCACCACUCUCCAGGCCAGCCUUGGAUGACCUCCUUGAUGCUGAGGGCAAAGAGAUCCUGACUUCUCCUUGCCUGAGACCUGCCUUCACGUGACUGAGCCGCUCUGGGCCUCAGUGUUGCCAUCUGUAAAAUGGUGGACUAGGGGAUCUGUAAAGAGCCUCUUGCUGACUUCUGGCACCCUUCCGUAAGUCUGACUUUGGUUUGUUGCGC